UUCAAAGUAUUUUUAUCGUAAUUUAUUUUUGGCUUAGCAUUUCGAUUCAACUUGACUGUUUUUAUACUAAAAUGACAUCUGUUUCUUCCACUAUUCCUUUCACCACUCUUGGAAACUCGGGUUUGAAGAUUUCCAAGGUUAUCGUUGGGUGCAUGUCUUUUGGCAAAAAAUCUUGGGCACCCUGGGUUGUUGAAGAUGAGGAAGAGUGUUUAGGAAUUCUUAAAAGGUGUUAUGAUUUAGGAAUGAGAACAUUUGACACAGCUGACAUGUACAGCCAUGGCUACUCUGAGAUCAUUUUGGGAAAAUUUAUUAAAAAAUACAAUAUUAAAAGAGACAGGAUUGUUAUCAUGACAAAAGUUUUCCAUCCUGUAGAUGCCGAGGAUCCAAAUUUCUCUGUUUGGAAUCACAAUCAAACUGAUUACAUGAAUUCAAAGGGAUUAUCAAGAAAACAUAUUUUUGAUGCAAUUAAGAACUCAAUGGAAAGAUUAGGAACCUAUAUUGAUGUCUAUCAAAUCCAUAGACUAGAUCAUUCAACACCCCCAGAAGAAAUCAUGAAGGCCCUAAAUGAUUGUAUUGAACAAGGUUAUACAAGAUAUAUUGGUGCUUCAUCAAUGAAGACAUACGAGUUCCAAGCUCUACAAAAUAUUGCAGAAAAAAAUAAUUGGUUCAAAUUUAUUUCAAUGCAAAAUUUAUAUAAUCUAUUAUAUAGAGAAGAAGAGAGAGAAAUGAUUCCAUAUUGUAACAAGUUCAAUGUUGGUGUUAUUCCUUGGUCACCUAAUGCAAGAGGCUUACUUGCCAGGCCAUUAAAAACAGAAAAAUCUCAAGAGCAACUUCAAAAACUAUCAAAUUUAUUAGGUUUGGUUCCUUUUGGCAAAAAUGAUGAAGAUAUCAUCAAUAGAGUUGAAGAGCUAUCUCGAAAGAAAAAUUGUUCAAUGGCUCAAAUUGCAUUGGCUUGGUUGAUUUCAAAGAAUACUUGCCCAAUUGUCGGAAUGGGAUCGAUUGAAAGAAUUGAAGAUACUGCCAAAGCUUUUAAUUUGGAAUUGACCGAUGAGGAAAUUUCAUAUCUAGAAGAAUUAUAUAGUCCAAAAUUUGCUCAUAUUUAGAUAAUUAAAUUUUAAAACCAAAUUUUGAUUGACAGUAUCUAAUCCCAGCUGCCCCCUUUUCAUCGUACUCUUCUUUACUUAUGUACACUUUAUUGAUUAAAUCGUGGUUUUUAACCAAUUCAUUCAUACUUUGCCAACUGUAAAUUGAAGGAUCUUCAGAGAUUGCAACUUUAACAUCCCAAUCAAUUGGUAACACUUGAUUUAACUCUUUGAUUAAUCUUUGUUUGAAUCCCUUUAGCUUAAAAUUUCCUCCAACACAAACUAUAUUGCUAACUAAUAAAGGUCGCACCAAUUCAGGAACCGAUUGAAUACAGUCAUGUAUUGUUUUAAUUAAUCCACAUUUAUUUCUAAUACCACAAAUCUCAGGAUCAAAAAUUGUUUCAGGGACAGAAAACCUUUCGUCAUAUAAUUUCAAAAUCUGACAAUCCUCAUCGGGAUUAAUACCCUUUUCAAAAAGCUCUUUUUUUUUAGAAUUCGUCAAUACAAA